AUGGCACUCACCGCCACUGCAGAUGAGACGGCAAUCCGGGAUAUCACAACUCAACUCCAGUCUAAGCUUGAAGGACGAAGCCAAGUUAACGCAAUCUUUCAACUGGCCCAACCUAAGCUACACAGCACGGCUACGCGAGUCGGACCCAGAAUCAAAAGCGACUGGCUCUCAGACAAGUACAAGAUUGUCAUUGCAACAGUGACUUCCAUAUUGACAGAGUCACAGCCGUUUGUCAUCCACCAUUCCUUGCCUAGUAAGGAUAUGGACGGGUAUUAUCAAGAGAUGGGUCACGAGGUGGGCGUGAUGGUCUUCAGUUGGACUGCGUUCUUCGACCUCAUUGGGCGGUCAAGCAUGGUUCAGAACGAUAGUGAGAAGUCUGCUGAAGAAAAAGAACGCCAGACUGCCGCCCUUCGAGCAGUAGCCAUCUAUUGCUUGAACGGGGUAGAAUGUCGCCGGACCAUGGUCCUUAGACACUUCGGCGAGAAGUUCGAUCCCGCCAAUUGCCACAAGCAGUGUGACAACUGUCGCAAGGAUGGCGCGUCUGUCACCCAGGAUCUCACUGCUUAUGCGCAGAGAGUGAUUGAGCUCCACAAACAGAUGUCUGCUACAGGCUCUAUGAUCGCUACUGGGACCCUCAAGGCGGUUUUCAAGGGCCGAAACAUCAAAGCGGUGCGGGAAGGCGGGCAUCAGCAGCUCUCGUUGUGUGGUGCUGGGAAGGACCUCGAUGCAGCUAUACUCGACAGACUCAUCGAUUAUAUGCUCCAUAACACCAGCAUCCUUCGCAUUGAACGAGUUGCUAGAGGACAGUGGACCCAGAACUAUGUGGAGCUGGGGGACCAGGCCGACGCCUGUGUCAAAGGACGUCUUCAAGUCUGCCUGGCUUUCAGAGAUGAAGACAUUGGCUCCGCCAAUCAAAGCUACUCCGGGUCAUCCAUCGGACGGCAGUGGCCAGCCAAGACACCUGCCAGUGCUAAUGAGGAGCUUGUGCAGCUGCGUAAACUUCAUCCAAAGUUUGCUCUCCAAAAAGGGGUCAAUUGCGAAGGAAUCUUCGAAGACUUCAUUCUCGACAGUAUGGCGAAGUUCGUCCAAAAUGUGAGAGUCUUCUCUGGCUAUUCCUCGGCAGGCACUUAUGACUCCUCAGCUAUUGAUGAGCUGAGAGGAUUGUUGUCGACUCUUUGCCCGAAUGAAGAAGAAGUUCUAGUGAAGCUAGACCGGUAUGGCAAGGGAUUUGUGAGGAUAUUUGCACAUGGCAGCAGGUAA